GAUGGAUAUGUGACUUGUAUAAGUGCAUGUGUUGUGUUCUCUCCAUGUAGAGAGAUGGAGUUGAUAGACCGUAACGUUUAUGUCUUACAUCCAGACUAAAACAAAGCAAGCAUUGUCCAGCCACUUUGACGGUUCAUCUAAAAAGGAGACAUGGUGCAUGUCAUUAUUCACACAAUUGAAGUCCAAGCUUAAUAAACCAUACUUGAUAAUUAGUUUAUCGCUAAUUAUUGUAAUUCAAGCAGAUGAUAUGUCUUUUUUGAAAUAUGCAGAAUAAAAAUGUAUUGGAUUUAUAGUGUUCUCUGGUUCAGUUCCGUGCCUCUGGUUAGCUUGUCUUUCACUGAAUGCGGCGAAGAACUGUCUGCUCCGUACGGAGACAUUGUCUCCCCUGAUUAUCCCAGCUCUUACCCAGAUAAUGCACUGUGCAAUUGGCUUAUCACAGUUCAAGAGAAUGAUACGAUAAAUCUGAGAUUUCGUCACCUAGAUUUAGAAAGAUAUCCAAACCAAAAUUGUAAAGACUACAUCAUGGUCUACGAUGGUGCUAGUACGGCUUCCCCAAUCAUUGGGCUUGCUUACUGCGGUUACAGCGAUCCCGAGGAGACUCAGAACAUUAGGAUUAAAUCUACAAGUAACCACCUGUACCUGGUGUUUCGUUCCGACAACGACACGUCUACUGCUGGUUUUAGUGCUUUUUACUGGGUAAAAGAGUGUGCUAACUGGACCUACGGUGAAAAGUGCAGUAACCCAUGUCAGUGUAAUAGAGACAACACCUUGUCAUGUGACAGGGUCACGGGUCAAUGCUUGUGUUAUUCAAACUGGACUUCUAGCAAUUGUAGUGAAGACGUUAACGAAUGUUCACUGGACCAGCCACCCUGUGACCCUGCAAAAGACCAUUCUGCCUGUCAAAACUCUUAUGGCACUUUUGAAUGUGUUUGCGUUCAGGGUCAUGAACAAGUCAAUGUCACAUUUUGUAAAGAGUGUGGUGAAAUUCUAAGAGAACCCAGCGGAAAGAUAGUUUCUCACAGACAUCAUGGCUGGAUAGAUCCAAAUCAAGAUGAAUGUUAUUGGACCAUUAUUGCUCCUGUAGGCUUUGUAGUGUCAAUUAGAUUGACCAGCCUUGAUUUAUUUGUUGCUGAUGACCACAUAAUAACGCCUGGAGCAGUAAAACUCUUCGAUGACAACAGCAGUGAUGGAGAACUUUUGGCCAAGUUUUAUGGGAAACCAAACGGCUGUGUGCCUGCUGGUAUUUUGAGAUCUUCGGGGAAUGAACUGCACAUUGCGAGGUCUCCAGCAUAUGAUGAGUAUGGACAGGGAUUCUCUUCUGAGGGAUUUGAGUUGAUCUACUGGACACACGAAUGUCAGCCCUUCACCUAUGGAGAUACUUGUACUAGGCAGUGUGAAUGUGUACAGAACAAUACCGCACGUUGUGACAGUGUCACUGGUCAGUGUAUAUGUUUUAACGGGUGGACUUCCUCGGACUGUUCACUGGAUAUUGAUGAGUGCUGUGAGGAUUCACAGAUAUGUCCUGAUUACUCAGAGUGCCUAAACACUCAUGGAAGCUAUGACUGUGUCUGUUAUGUUGGACUAGAGUUGAGUGAAUGCGGUCAGUGUGAAGUACCACUAAAUGCAACGUGUACGAACAGAACCUGCUCUCACAUCUGUGCUAAGCUCCUUUCUAACUCAACUGAACCAUUGGAACUAUGUUAUUGUCCAAUCGGAAUGCAGCUAUACGGAGAUGAAUGUCUUGGCUGUCCACCCUUUCAUUAUGGUGCAGACGUUUGUAACAUGACCUGCAGUUGUGACCAGGAUAAAUCUGAAAGCUGUGAUAGUCAGACAGGUGAAUGUGUGUGUAGACCUGGUUGGACAUCAGCCAGCUGUUCAGUAGACGUAGACGAGUGUCAAGAUCCGUCAAUAUGUUCUGAUCUUUACUCUACAUGUGUCAAUACUGCAGGCAGCUAUAUAUGUCAGUGUUUUGAUGGAAUGGUCAAAAACUUACUUGGACAGUGUGAAGUCUCAACGCAAUGCCAACGAUUGAAUUGCUCUGAUAUCUGCAUCGGAUCUGCUGAUAACAGCACACACGAAAUCUGUUCUUGUCCUAAAGGGAAGAAACUUGAUAGUUUGGAUACAACAAAAUGUUUUGAAUGUGCUGAUUGGUUCUAUGGUGAAAAUUGUCAACAUCAGUGUUACUGUAACGAAACAAACACACAGUCCUGUGACAAAGUGACUGGUCAGUGCCUGUGUUAUUCUAACUGGACGUCGUGCUCCUGCAGUGAGGACGUCGAUGAAUGCUCCAGUGAGACGUCCCCUUGCAACACUCCAGAGGACCCUUCAGUUUGCAGUAAUGUGGAGGGUUCUUUUCAGUGUCUUUGUCUUCAAGGCUUUGAACAGUUCAAUCAAACUUACUGUGAUGAUUGUGGUAAAAUAAUUAUGGAGCCCAGUGGUCAGAUUAUUUCUACAAGACACGGGGGAUUGUUGAAUCCGUACCUUGAUGAGUGUAGCUGGACUAUUGUUGCACCCGAAGGUCAAGUGGUCACUGUAAGAUUUGAUAGGUUAGAGCUACACUACUCUGAUGAGAUAAAACCAGGCUCAGUCAAACUAUAUGAUGGUACUAGCAGCGAGGAAGAGCUUCUGGCUAAGUUUUAUGGGAAACCAGGGAACUGCAUUCCUGUUGAUAUUAUUAGAUCAACUGGGAAUGCUAUGUUCAUUGCAAGGACUCCUGCAUCUAGCCAUUCAGGGCAAGGUUUUCACACUGAUGGAUUUCAAUUGACGUACUGGACACAUGAGUGUGACCCAAUGACGUACGGAGAGAGUUGUACGAAUCCUUGUACAUGUGUACAGAAUAAUACCGCACGUUGUGACAGUGUGACUGGUCAGUGUACAUGUUUAGACGGGUGGACCUCAUCAGACUGUUCACAAGACAUAGAUGAGUGCUCUGAGAAUCCACUGCUGUGUCCUGAUUACUCACAGUGUCAAAACACUAAUGGAAGCUACGACUGUGUCUGUUAUUAUGGGCUACAGAUGAGUGAAUGCGGUCAAUGUGAAGUGGUUCCUACCAUGGCUUGUACAAACAGACAGUGUUCACACAUUUGUGUCAAGGACAACUCUAUACACUCGACUAGUUUACUGUGUUACUGUCCCAUUGGGAUGAAACUGGACGGCGAUCAAUGUUUUGCCUGUGGUAACAAUACCUAUGGACCAGAAUGUUCCAGAUAUUGUGAAUGUGUUGAAAACCAGACUUUGUCAUGUGAUACUAGAACAGGGGAUUGCAACUGUUUACCUUUCUGGAAAGGAAGCUAUUGUUCACUAGAUUAUGAUGUUUGUACUACUGAAGGAUCAAGUGAUGAAUGCCAGGAACAUGCUGUUUGUACUUUCACCCAUCAGACAGAAUACAGAUGUCGUUGUUGCCAAAAAGAGGGAUACAUAGAGUCUGAGAAUGGCACUUGUGUUUUGAAAACUACUAUUUGUGGUGAUAAACUUACCGGUCAUAGUGGUACAUUCAACUCCCCAAACUUUCCAUUUCCAUAUCCUGAUGAUUCUACUUGUUUCUGGUCCAUCGCGGUUAAAGAUAAUCUUGUAAUUGAUUUAAGGUUUGAUGACUUGGAUUUGGAGAGUUACUGGAACCAGAAUUGUAAGGACUAUAUUGUUAUCUAUGAUGGACCAAGUGCAGAGUUUCCAAUACUAGGCCCUGUCUACUGUGGCUUUAGGAGCCAGUUUGAAGUAUUGGAUUUACACAUUAGAUCCACGAGUAAUAAACUCUACAUCAUGUUUAGAUCAGAUGAGACAUUUGCAGGAUCAGGUUUUAAUGCAACAUAUUGGGCUCAUGACUGUCCACCUUUUCACUAUGGUGAGAAUGAGUGCAACACUAGCUGUGCUUGUGACCAAGAUCACUCAAUAAGUUGUGAUAGUCAGACAGGAGAAUGUCUGUGUCACACUGGCUGGGCUUCAGUCAGUUGUGCUGCAGAUGUUGAUGAGUGUCAAGAUAAUUCAGUGUGUCCUGAUCUUUACUCCACAUGUAUCAAUACUCCUGGAAGCUAUAUAUGUCAGUGUUUUGAUGGGAUGAUCAAGAACACAUCCGGACAAUGCCAAUCCUCUGCACCAUGUCACUUGUUGAAUUGUUCUGAUGCAUGCAUUGUGGCAACAAAUAAUUCUACAACUGAGAUGUGUCAAUGUCCUAAAGGAAAGAAAAUUGACAUUUUUGAUCCAACAAAAUGUAUUGAAUGUUCUGAAUGGUACUACGGUGAAAAUUGUCAACAUCAGUGCUACUGCGAUGUAAUGAAUACUCAGUCCUGUGACAAAGUGACUGGUCAAUGUCUGUGCUACUCCAACUGGACAUCCUGUACCUGCAGUGAAGAUGUAGACGAAUGUUCCCUGGAGAUAUCACCUUGUAGUACUUCAGACCAUUCAGUAUGUCGAAAUCUGGAUGGUUCCUUUGAGUGUGUUUGUCUUCAAGGCUUUGAAAAUGUAAAUGGAAUGUUUUGUGAGGAGUGUGGACAAACACUUACAGAGUUAUCAGGAAAGAUUAUUUCUGGCAGCCAUUAUGGAUUCUUUCAUACUCAAUUUGAUGAAUGUUCCUGGACUAUAAGUGUACCUCAAGGGCACAUAAUUUUCUUGAAUUUUACAAGAUUUCAACUGUAUCAUACAAGUUACAGUAAUGUCAGACCAGGUUUUAUUUUAAUCUAUGAUGGAGAUGAUUGCAAUGCUGACUUGCUGGCCACAUUGUAUGGAGAUUCAGAAGAUGUUGUGCCUACACAAGUUAUCAGAUCAACAGGAAAUAACAUGUAUAUCAUUAGGAUUCCUGCUUCAAGGCAUCACAAAUUUGGUUAUGAAACUAAAGGAUUUGAGGCUUUCUAUUGGUCUGAUGAUUGCACUGUCACAGCUGACGGCUCAAAGUGCAACCAAGAUUGUGCAUGCAUUGUAAACAACACUGACUAUUGUGAUGUCAAGACAGGAAACUGUGUAUGUAAGAUUGGCUGGACAUCUUCAGACUGCUCUGUAGACAUUGAUGAAUGCCUCAACACUGACACAGUUCUAUGCCCUGAGUUCUCUGUGUGCAUUAACACCAUUGGAGGAUUUUAUUGCAAGUGUAAAGAAGGAUUUAAGAUGAAUGCAUCCAACCAUUGUGAAGCAUUAACUAAUGUGUCCUGUACCACAAGGAACUGUUCUCAUUACUGUAUUUUGUCAUCACAAACCUUAUCCAACAUGACAGAAAUAUGUUACUGUCCUGAUGGCAUGAAACUACAGCAAGAUCUAUGUGUUGUUUGUAAUGAAAGUACCUGGGGACCUGAUUGUGUAAGGACAUGUGGAUGUGUGGUGAGCCACACUCUGCAUUGUGACCCUGUGAAUGGGAGCUGUCAGUGCCAAUCUGGAUGGACAGGAAGAUACUGCGAGCAAGACAAAGAUGAAUGCAGCAAUAGCACUAUAUCUAAUUGUGAACAAAUGUGUCUGAAUACACUUGGCGGCUACGUAUGCACAUGCUAUGAUGGAUACAUUGUCACUGAAAUUGAUGCCACUAAAUGUGAUAAGGUGACACACAGCUUCAUCAUCUUUACAUUUGACAUUGAUGUCUCCAGGAAAAAUUUUGAAGAAAAAUACAGUGAUGAUUACAAUAAAACUAAACUCUCUUUUGAAAAACAGCUAUUGAAAGUAUUGAAAUUGAAGAUGAGAUCAGUGGUGGCAGUUUAUAUAACAAAUCUAGAGAAAGGCAGUUUGAUUGUUUCUGCUGAUGUAGUUGUGAAUGAAGCUAUAAAUAGCAGCAAUACAUCUUUGAAUUCUGCACUGCAGCAGAUAGGCUCAGAAAUAUUCACAAUAGAUAACCAAACAGUUCUAAUUAGUCAUGUUUUAAGCAAUGGUGUUAUGAUUCAGUUCAAUGUUUGUGAAAACAGACUAAAGUAUAAUCCAUGUUCAGAAGAUGAAGAAUGUAUUGUAAUUGGAGACACCUCGUUUUGCAAACAUAAAGUUAUUAGUGACGACAGGCUUCUCUUGGGCUUGGCUAUUGGACUCCCACUCUUUGUAGGAUUUUGUACUGCCACUGUCAUUAUUAUUUGUUGCUAUGUGCGUAAGAGAAACAACACUAAGACAAGCGAAGAUUCUUUUCAUUUCAGUUACAGCUCAUACAGCGAGUCACUGUCAGCUGAUUUUGAAAUGGAUAGCACUAGAUUGAACACUGGCAGUUAUAAAAAACAUAGAUUGGAGUGAGAACUUUAAUUUCACCUCAUUCUUUUGUUAUUAUUAAGUAAGCAACUAUUAGCCAUUUUUUGUUAGUUAUUUUGUUAAUGAAAUAAUUAUCUUUUUUUUUAAAUAACUCCAUAGAAAUCAUAUUUUAAAAGGCUUACUACAAGAUACCUUUAAACUUCAAAAAGUACAAAAUGCAGACAUUUAUUGAUUAUUUUAAUAAUGGCAUGUAGUCCUAAUAAAGACAUAAUUUUUGUUUGAAAUUAUUUUUUUUUACACUUUAAAUGCCCUUUAAACUAUUUAAUAUAUUUUGGUAACCGUAUUUAAAAACGAAAAUGUAGAGUACUUUUUUCACAACAAGGGAUGCACAGGAGCAAAACUCCGGCCGAAUAGCCGGCCAUGUUCGGCUCCGGCUGAAUAUCGCUAGUUAGCUGGAUACUAGAAGAUGCAAUGUAGUAUAUAUCUGUCUAGCAUAGCAGUGUGGGUUUAUCUCCCCCCCCCCCACUUUUUUUUAUUUGUUUAGUCUAUCACAUUCAGUUUACAGAUAGACAGGUGACCACAUUAAGACAACAUGUGACAAUGUCUAGAGCUCACAUCUUAUAUGGGUAGUAUGUUUUCUAACUUGGAGAUAAACAACUUAUGACUAAAUAAACUUUUUAAAAAUAGAAUAAAGUCUGUAUUAGGGGUGCGCCGGAAAUUCGCUCCGGCUUCGGCUCCUGUCAUCCAGACAUUUUUCAAUAUUUGAACAUAUUCGGCUUUAGUCGAAAAUCAUUGACGGAUAUUAAAAAGGUACACCGUUGUAAGCCUAUAAUUCUAAUAUAUUGUUAGGCGCCUCCGCGAUAAGUCUUUUCCAGAUAAGUCAAACGGAGGUAACACUUAAAUACUGAAACAACGCAGGUGAGAGGCCAACUUAGGGUAAUCGACAUUGAAAAAUGAUGUUGAACAAGAAGUUGGAUACUUAGUAAAUGAACCGUCGAAUGUCGUCAAAGUAAAUCUUCGUCAAUAAAAUCCUGCCAAUAUUCAUAAUGUAGGCAUGAUUCAAUAAUGACAAUUCUGAAAUACAUUAACGUCUAUGUUUCAAAUAAAAGAAUGUGCUUUUAAAAUUAUGAAUACUCACCAAACAUUGUAGUACAAUGACAAGGUGUGUUAAUCUAAACAGAAACUUUACAUUCUCAAUUCCCAUUACAGCCAUAGCGGCGAUGGCUGGCAUAUUUUUACAUUUUGUUUUGACAUUUGAGUGGGCUAGUUAACAUGUAAUAUUCCUUAACGAAGUAUUCCUUAACUACGUCACGAUGACCAGACAUCUUUAUAGAAGUAGAGAUGAGCAACCCCACCUUCUUUUGUUUGUUAUGUCCAUAACAUUGAGUUUAUAGACACACAAGUGACCACAUUAAGCCAGAUUUCAACAUGUUGACACUGUCUAGAGGUCAUACCUUAUGAGGAAACUGAAUUUGUUUACUUGGAGAAUAAAAUAUUAUUGCGCUGGACUACAAGCCACACCUCUACACCGUUAACCUGGUAUGAUUUUGUUUACUUGGAGAUAAGUUGUCAAUUAAAAGGCUGCACUACAAGCUACAUCUCUAAACUGUAAAUCGGGUAAUGAGUUUAUUUACUUGGUGAUAUGUCAAUUAGGGGGCUGGACUACAAGCCACACCUCUACACGGUUACCAAGAUUGCUAACUUGGAGAUAAAUGUCAAUUAGAAGGUUGGGCAUAAAACACACACCUAAAAGUGUGAUUGUUUGCUACACUAAAACCAAGAGUAUAUUAUUAUAUUUCAUAACUUAGUAAGCCAGUAACUAAUUUUAAUGUGCAUAGAAACAAGAAUGAUUUGUGUAUAUUAGCAUAGAAGACACUGACCAGGAAAAGAUCUAUUUUUAAAGGGAGAGCCCAACCCCCAACUCUUUAUUUGUUUAGUCCAUGACACUUAAUGUAUUUAUAGACAUUGUCCAUUUUUCGACCAAAAUGGAUAAACGUAAAUUGUUACGAAAUAUUGACGCUGUCCAGAGGUCACUAGAUGAUAACACUAAGUUUGUUUACUUGGGGAGAAAUGUCAAUUAGCCACGCUGAACUACGGAAAGAUUGUUCAGCCUCGCUGGACGAAUUAUCAAUGAAUAUAUUCCUAAACUUAUGCCAGACAAUGCUGAAAAACGUAUUUUUCUGAAAUAUAAUUCAACUUUAAUGUAACAACUAAUGAAUUCUGUUGAAACUUAGAUCUUGUCAUAUACAUUUAUUUUAUUUUGUUUUGCUUUAAUACUUUAACUUUUAAAUGAUGUAUAUAUUAUUAUUAGAUGAUUAUAUUCAAUCAGCAUAAAGUAUUAUUUUGUCAAUAAAUAUCACUGUUGACAUACUUUU